UAUCUUGAGUUCAGUUUUUCAGCUCUACUAGAUAAAAGUAACCAAUUUCUCUUGGCUAAUUGCGCUCAUAUUCAUCUGUAAUUCUCUUGUUCUGAUAAUCCUAAUUCCUUUCUUCCAUGGAAUUUUUGGUUGAGCCCCUUGUCUCUCAACUCUUCGAGAGGUUGUUUCAUAUAUUGUUGUCUGAUGAGGUGCGGGGAUUUGCCAGGCAACUUGUUGGAGGGGUAGAUUCAGAGUUAGAAGAGCUCAAAAAAAAGUUGAGAAUGAUUAAAAAUCUGCUAGACCGUGCAGAAGACGUACAACUGACGGAUGGGGACUUAAAAGAGUGGCUUGACGAUCUUCAACACUGGGCUUAUGACGCAGAAGACGUGCUGGAUGAGUUUGCCUAUGAAGCUUUGAGACGCAGACUCACGGUAGAACAGCGGGCAAGCUCUAGCAACGGAUCGAGGUUCCUCUGUGCUAAUUUUCCUGGCCCCUUGUUCAAUGUUAAAAUUGGCUCCAAGAUCAAAAAGAUCAAUAAUAGGUUGGAACAACUCCGCCAGCAAAGAUCAGUUAUGCAAGAGCUUUGUGGAGUAACACCGAGUAAUGUCACACCGCAAAGACCAGAGGAAACUUCAAGCGUGCCACCUGAAAAAUUUGUUCAUGGCAGAGAUGAAGAUAAAGCUAAACUAGUUGCGAUGGUGAAAAGCGAUCUACCUUGUGGUAACAACUUUCGAGUGAUAGCCAUAGUCGGCAUGGGAGGGAUCGGCAAGACUACAAUUGCUCGAGACGUGUACAAUCACAAGGAACCGGAAGGCUUCAAGUUUGAGGAAAAGGCUUGGGUCUGUGUUUCAACCAAUUUCGAUAUUUUAACUAUCUCAAAGAGUCUCCUUGGGUCAUUAAAAGGCUCCACGUUCUCCAUUCCAAGUGAUUUAAAUGGAGUGCAAGUUGAACUGCAAAAGGCAGUGAGUGGGAAAAAAUUCUUGAUAGUAUUAGACGAUGUUUGGGAGGUGAAGAAAUACAGCUACUGGGAAAAGCUAACGUCUCCUUUCAAAGCUGGUGCACCCGGAAGCACGAUGAUCGUCACAACACGCCAUGAAAAUGUUGCAAUAACAAUAAGAUGCUCGGAUAGUACUUAUCAUUUACCGCUUUUAUCCAAUGAAGCUUGUAAAUCCUUGUUUCAGGAGCAUGCACUUGCAACUGGUAGGACUGCUUAUACAGGUCAAAUUACAGAGACAAUUUAUGAAAAGGUCGCUGAAAGGUGUAGUGGCCUGCCUCUGGCAGCAAAGACCCUCGGUGGUCUCCUAUUCUUUGAGUCGACUGAUACUUGGGAAAAAUUACUGGACAGCAAAAUAUGGAAUUCAUAUGAAAAUGAUGUUCUUCCUGUAUUAAAGUUAAGUUAUCUUUAUCUCCCUCGCCAUUUAAAAAGAUGUUUCGCUUAUUGUGCGAUUUUUCCAGAAGACUAUGAGUUUAAGGAGGAGGAACUUGUACUUUUGUGGAUGGCAGAAGGUAUCGUUCAACCAACUGAUGAGCAACUAGAUAAGACAGAUGAUCAUCAUCACAUCAAGGAGACAACCACAGUGGGCAGGAAGCAAGUGAAGCGUUGAUUGAAUUCAAAGUUGGAGGAGUAGUCUAUUAGGAUACUAAAUGUUCGCUCAUGUUUUUACCUUAAAAGGAUUUUUCAGC